UAUCUUCUUUUUCUUUUUCAUCAUUUGAUCUGGAAAGUAAAGCUAACCCCAUUAAAGCCAACACACAAACAACUCAAAAAAAAAAAAAACAUUCUAGUAUUUCUUUCUUGCACUAAGGUCGAUACACCUCCAGACAAAUCUCUCAACCUUUUUAGUUUUUUUUUCUUCUCAGAAUUAUGGAGUCUACUCAAUGGUCGACGCAUGAGGAAAUUGGAGUAGUGAAAUCAUCGAUGGGUGCAGAAAUAAUAAAUAAGAAGGUGAGGCCAGUGAAGGAUGGGGCAAUAAAUUGUCCAAGGUGUAAUUCAACAAAUACAAAGUUUUGUUACUACAACAACUAUAGCCUAACUCAACCAAGAUAUUUUUGCAAGACUUGUAGAAGGUAUUGGACUGAAGGUGGAACUCUAAGGAAUGUUCCUGUUGGUGGUGGUUCGAGAAAAAACAAAAGAUUAUCCUCCUCCUCUUCUUCCCAAAAGCUCCCUGAUCUGAACCCUAAUCCCUCUAGUCAUCAUCAAAACCCUAAUAAUAUUGUAAUUGGAAGUAACCAAGAUCUUAGCCUCGGAUUUCGAACUGUGCCACAAGAUCAUCACACGUCGUUCCAUGGUGUUAUUCCUCAGUUUCUUGAAUUCCCAAAGAUGGAUGGAAGCAACAAUCAUCUAGGUAGCACUCAAAUUUCAGCUCUGGAGCUGCUUAGGACUGGAAUAGCCUCAAGAGGGUUUACUUCAUUCAUCUCCUCAGCAUCAACACCAGAUUUGAAUGCUUUAUACAAUUCAGGUUUUCCAUUUCAAGAAUUAAAGCCUAGUGCUGGUAGUACUGAUCAUGCAGCUUCUUUAAGUAAUAGUAAUUAUUCAAGUGGUGGGCCAGGGGGUCUAGAAAAUGGAUCAGGUGCAAGAAUAAUGUUCCCUCUAGGAGGAUUAAAGCAACUUUCAAGUACAAAUCAAGUUGAUCAUCUGACUAAGGGACAGGAGAAUAAUAAUUCAACUGCUGGUUUAUAUUGGAGUGGGAUGAUAAGUGGUACUGGAGGAUCUUGGUAAAUUAAAGAAACAUGAAUAAUGUGCACACAGAUCUCUUUUUUCUUUUUUCACGUUAAUCCAGACUUCACGUGUGAGAUUACACUGGGUUGAGUAUGUUGUUGUUAUACGUGCUUAGGUUACUGAUAAUUUGUUUGUUCAUGUUUAAUUAGAACUAAGUACGUACUAACAUAUAUAGUAGAAGAUAUAGUUGAUCUGGUUAUAUUGUUGUUAAUUUGUACUAGGAUUAUUUUGAGAUUAGGGAAGCUAGCUUGAUUAAAGUAAGCUUCUAGGGUUUCUGUACUAGCAUGUAUGUACUAUAUAUGAUCAAUUAUAAUUACCGCCUAUAUUAUUAGCUA